UUGCUAAUAAUUUUUUGUAUAGAAAGGUAUUAACCAAUCCACAACAGCCUUGCUUCUGCUCAAAUUUCAUCUGCUCUCUCUCGAAGAGAUUCGAGAGGGGGUAAAAAAUAAAAUGGUGAUGUGGGUAUUUGGAUAUGGAUCUCUAAUUUGGAAGCCAGGCUUUAACUACGAUGAUCGUCUUGUCGGUUUCAUCAAAGGCUAUCGUCGUGUCUUUUAUCAAGGCAGUACUGAUCACAGAGGGACACCAGAAUUCCCAGGUAGAACAGCUACACUGGAGCCUGCUGAAGGAGAAGUUUGUUGGGGUAUGGCCUACAAGAUAACGAAGAAGGAAGAUCAAGAAGUUGCACUGACGUACCUUGAAGUCAGGGAAAAACAAUAUGACAAGAAGGUUUAUGUAGAUCUUUUCACUGAGCCUGCAGCAUCAGCACCAGCUGUUUCUGGUGUAUUAGUAUACAUUGGGUCUCCAGACAAGAAGCUUAACGAAAACUAUCUGGGACCUGCAUCUGUUGAAGAAAUUGCUAGUCAAAUUGCUCAUGCAGAAGGUCCCUCAGGACACAAUAGAGACUACCUUUUUCAACUUGAUAAAGCCCUUGGCCUCUUAGGAUGUGAAGAUAAACAUGUCAGUGACAUAGCAAAGGAAGUCAGGCGCAUUCUUUCAGAAGAAGAGGUAACCAUCUCAUGAUCUUGCAGAUACACCUGGGGAGCAGUAUAUGAUAAGCAGACACUUGACAGUGCAUGAUACAGGGAAAACACAUUGCUUUUCUAUAUCCAAGUUCCUGCAGAUUUCUUGCAUUCAAGGAAAAUAAUACAUACGUUAUUGGCUUUCAUGUCUCGUCUGCUCAACCUUUCAAUAAUAUACUUGGAAGUGUCAUUCUGCUGUCAUACAAAUGGAAAAAUGAUCGAGUUAAUAAUAGUGUGUCGUGACAUAGAAUUGUUCUUAAAGCACUGUUUACAGACAAAAGAAACUUACAUAUCAUUGCAUGAACGAUAUCUUCA